UUGCUUCCCUGAUUGAUUGCUAGCUUGCCUCCGUCGCACCGCCGGUCGCAAUGGUUGCUACCCUAGUGCCGUGUUCUUGCCUUCUUGGGGUUACUUCUUUUUUCUGGGAUUCUUUGUAGGAGUAGGGCUGCGAUGCUUCACUUUUUGCAGCCGCUAGCUCGCUUGUUUAAUCUGGAAGCUAGGAGCGGGCUUCUCGCGGUGUUGUUUCUGAAACUGACAGGGCUGCGGAUAAGGCUCCAUCAAGCUCCAAUUUUGCUGUGAUUGUGCUAGGGGACGCCAGGUUUGGUAAUUUACUGUACCACUACAAGGGAAAAGAGGACAAGUAUUGCUCUGAAGUGAGAUACGCUUGGGGGCAGAUUUUGGAGAACUCUUGGUCUAAAGUGUGAGAGAUUUGGAGGUAUAUUUUGGACAACUUGUGGCCUAAAGUGAGAUAGGUCUGGAGGCAAACUAUUGUGCCCGUCAGCGUGCUAAUGUGGGACAUCGGAUACAAAUGAGGCACAUCACACUUCUUUACUGGAGGACCGCAGACAGAUAACAUUAUGGUAGCCGCUACAGCUACAGAAAUGUUUCUUGUGUGCUUUGAAUCCUUGUGCCCCUGUUUUCGCUCGAAAAGGAAGGAUGGAAGUGAAGAUCCUGUUCUUGCAAAAGACGGAAAUUCCUUGAGUUCUUCUGAAAUGAGGUCAAUUUCUGACAGAAUUCCCUCGAGCCCUCUUCGGGUACCUGCAAGUCCAUCUAGAUUUUCAUUAUCUUCACCGCCAAGUAGAAAUGAUCCAUUGAACCUCAGUCUUGAAACGGUUAUUAAACUGACACGUAACUUUUCGCCGGCCUUGAUGAUUGGCGAAAGUUAUUUUGGAAAGGCCUACAGAAUGGACUUGCAAAAUGGCCUUAUUGUGGCUAUUAAAAGGGCAAGAAAGGAACAUUUUGCUUCUUUACACGCAGAAUUCAAAAAUGAAAUUGCACUACUAAAAAAAAUCGAACACAGGAAUCUGGUCCAGUUACUUGGAUAUAUUGACAAAGGGAAUGAAAGAAUUGUCAUAACCGAGUUCGUGGCAAAUGGCACUCUUAGGGAACAUUUGGAUGGACAACAUGGACUAAUAUUGGGCUUCGGUCAGCGGCUUGAAAUAGCCAUAGAUGUUGCCCAUGGAUUAACUUAUCUGCAUCUAUAUGCAGAGAAGCCCAUUAUACACCGGGAUGUGAAGUCAUCAAACAUUCUACUAACUGAAGGCUUCAGGGCAAAAGUAGCCGACUUCGGAUUUGCAAGAAUUGGUUCGACAGAUCCAGGCCAGUCAGAGAUUCAAACUGAUGUGAAAGGAACAGCUGGCUAUGUGGAUCCAGAGUAUCUGCGGACAAACUAUCUGACAGUCAAGAGUGAUGUGUUCUCUUACGGCAUCUUGCUCCUGGAAAUCCUAUCAGGUCGUCGUCCUAUUGAGGUGAACAGAGGAGGAAGAGAAAAGAUUACCGUGCGAUGGGCCUUUGAGAGAUAUAACAAAGGCAAUGUCCAGGAGAUACUGGAUCCAAUGUUGACCGAAACAGUAAACGAGGAUAUACUGAAUAAGAUUUUCGAUGUGAUGUUCCAAUGCGUCGCUCCUACCCGCGCUGACAGGCCACAUAUGAAAGAGGUUGUGGAGAAGCUCUGGAAGAUACGGAGGGACUACGCUAAAACCCAAAACAGAGCAGAAGGGUCUCUUUAAACCAUCUUGCACUGGGUUAUUGACUGCUGUUUUUUUCGCUUGAGAGAACAUGGGUGAACUCGGUUCUUGUUAAGGCUGAACAUUGCCGUGCUUUUUUGUCGAACACGAACAGCUGAAAUCUGUACAGGGUUGUAACACUAUUGUUGCACAUUGUGUAUAUAGCUGUGUUCAUGUUUAA